CUGUAAAUUACACCUAAGAAAAACAAAAAGAAACGAUCAUUCGUCUGCACGUCCUGGUCGUUGUAGUCUUAUCCAUUAUCGCUGAUGUUUCUGUGAGCUGAGUAUUAGUUAUCGUUGUCGACCCGUGGCUCCUCCAUCGCAUAUUUUAUCGCUAUCACCACCACGCUUUUCUGACCACCGUGUUCUGCCAAAAACACGACGUUUGGGAAGUAGUCGGUCGUCUGGAGAAUGUCUUGGCUGUUCACGAGAAAAUCAGAGGAGAAACAAAAACCGGAUGGGGAGCAUGAGGCGACAGCCUCUGAGCUUUUGUCUGGAACAGAGUUUGAUCCGGCCGUUCUGCAUCCACUGGCAAAUUUGGGAGGUUCGCUUGAUUAUUUAAACAUAGAGGAAGACACAUUGAGCAAUCUCCCUGGUGAUUCCCAUGCAAUUCCUUCCCGUGGUUGGCAGGAUGACUUAUGUUAUGGUACCGGUACCAUGUACCUUGGAGGUUUGGCAGUCGGUGGUCUUUGGGGACUUAAGGAGGGAUUAAAAAAGACAGAGAAUCUUCAGGUGAAAAAAUUGCGUGUGAACGGUAUUCUCAACAGUGUGACUCGUCGUGGUCCUUUUGUUGGAAAUUCAGCCGGUAUUCUGGCCAUGAUGUACAACAGCAUCAACUCGUUCAUCGGUUAUAAGCGUGGAAAACAUGAUUGGACCAACAGCGUUGCUGCUGGUGCCAUUACAGGAGCUGUUUUCAAGUCCACUCGUGGUGUUCGUGCUAUGGGUAUAAGUAGUGCCAUGAUCGCUGGUGCUGCUGGUGCUUGGUGCCUUUUGAAGCGUGCUUUUUCGUAAAGGAUCACUGUUAAUAGUCUCAAAAACGGCUUGACGACUUUGUGAGCCGACACCUAGAAUGGUUUCAUCAUAGAGGUGUCAACAUUCUUGUUGUUCCCUGUGUUGGUACGUGGGCUACAUUUACGCCUCUGUUAGCGUAAAUCUCUUACGAACAGUUGCUAUUAGACUUUUUUGUCAUCUUGCUCCGUAACACUGCUACCCGUACUGAUUCAAAACUCAAAUUUUCUUCUUUCUCUUAUGCACACGCACAGCGCACACUCUCACUUAUUCUUACACAUUCUCCCAAACAUUUCCCCCCUGUCCUUUCUUUCUCUUUUUGUUUUAUUUUUCCUCUCUCCGUCUCUCUUGUUUUCUACAGCUUGUGCAGAAAACAUGGAGUGAUGAAAAGUGUCUUUGACGAGAUAGAUUUUCCUGAACUGCCUUAAAUUCACAAAAAAUCGCUGCCAGUGUGUUAGAUCUGCUGCCACAGUGCUUGCAUUUGUUCUGCUUGAGAAUGUCUUUCUGUAUCGGCUUUCAUAAAUUUCACUUCUAGCCAAUUGCUCGGAUUUUUUGUAUAAAUUAAUCAAGGUUUUGUUACGGAAAAAUGGAUUUUAGUGAAAGGUUAUUUGAGGAGGUGUUAAUGAAAAUGUGUAUGGAUUUGUACGUAAUUUAUUUGAAAAAAAAGAAAAUAU